AUGGAGCACGCCAUACGGCGACGUGUAGACUCACCCAUUGCCCGUAACCAAGAAGUAGACGACAUCAGUGGAGUCAUGCUUCACACGGCCAUAUCAUGUUGGCAGCCAUUCCUAGGUCUGGCUAUGCUGCUAGUUUUUAUGGGUUCCACCAUAGGCUGCCCGGCUCGCUGUGAAUGCUCAGCACAGAACAAGUCUGUCAGCUGUCACAGGAGGCGCCUCAUGUCCAUCCCUGAGGGCAUUCCCAUAGAAACCAAAAUCCUGGACCUCAGCAAGAACCGGCUGAAGAGCGAAUUCACAUCAUACCCGCUGCUUGAAGAGAUAGACCUCAGUGACAACAUUGUUGCCAAUGUAGAGCCUGGAGCCUUUAACAAUCUUUUCAACUUGCGAUCCCUAAGACUAAAAGGAAACCGGCUGAAGCUGGUCCCUCUAGGGGUGUUUACAGGGUUGUCAAACUUAACAAAGCUUGAUAUAAGUGAAAACAAGAUUGUGAUUCUGCUGGACUACAUGUUCCAGGAUCUGCAUAACCUAAAAACCCUUGAGGUUGGGGACAAUGAUUUGGUUUAUAUAUCUCACAGGGCUUUUAGUGGGCUGCUUAGCUUGGAACAGCUCACUCUGGAAAGAUGUAACCUGACAGCUGUACCAACAGAAGCUCUUUCCCACCUUCAUAACCUCAUCAGUUUGCGUCUGAGACAUCUCAACAUUAAUGCAUUGCCUGCAUAUGCCUUUAAAAGAUUGUUCCGCCUAAAAGACUUAGAGAUAGACUAUUGGCCCUUACUGGACAUGAUGCCAGCCAAUAGCCUGUAUGGUCUCAACCUCACUUCUCUUUUCCUUACCAACACCAAUCUCUCCUCAGUACCUUAUUCUGCUUUCAAGCACCUGGUUUACCUGACACAUCUAAACCUCUCUUACAACCCCAUAAGCACCAUUGAGGCAGGCAUGUUUUCAGACUUGGUGCGCCUGCAGGAACUCCACAUGGUGGGGGCCCAGUUACGUACCAUUGAACCACAUGCAUUCCAAGGGCUCCGGUUCUUGCGCGUGCUCAAUGUGUCUCAAAACCUGUUAGAAACGCUAGAAGAGAAUGUAUUCCAGUCCCCCAAGGCCCUUGAGAUCCUCUGCAUUAAUAACAACCCCCUGGCUUGUGAUUGCCGCCUUCUUUGGAUAUUACAAAGGCAGCCCACAUUACAGUUUGGUAGCCAGCAGCCCAUGUGCGCUGGCCCAGACAGCGUCAAAGAGAGGUCAUUCAAAGACUUCCACAGCACUGCCCUUUCAUUUUACUUCACCUGCAAGAAGCCCAAGAUACGGGACAAGAAGCUGCAGUACCUGGUAGUAGAGGAAGGGCAGACAGUGCAGCUGAUGUGCAAUGCCGACGGUGACCCUCAGCCUACCAUCUCUUGGGUGACACCCCGACGGAAGCUGAUCACAACUAAAUCAAAUGGGAGAUCUACAGUACUAGGAGACGGUACACUGGAGAUCCGUUUUGCUCAAGAUCAAGACACUGGGACCUACGUUUGUAUUGCGAGUAAUGCAGCUGGGAAUGACACCUACUCAGCCUCCCUUACGGUAAAAGGAUUUACUUCAGACCGUUUCCUUUAUGCCAACAGGACCCCUAUGUAUAUGACAGACUCCAAUGACACCAGUUCCAAUGGAACCAAUGUGAACAUCUUCUCUCUGGACCUUAAGACAAUACUGGUGUCCACAGCUAUGGGCUGCUUCACAUUCCUCGGAGUGGUUUUAUUUUGUUUCCUACUUCUGUUUGUGUGGAGCCGAGGGAAAGGCAAGCACAAAACCAGCAUUGACCUUGAGUAUGUCCCCCGCAAAAACAAUGGUGCUGUAGUUGAAGGGGAGGUUGCUGGACCACGGAGGUUCAAUAUGAAAAUGAUUUGAUGGUAUACUGCUAGCAGUGCUUUUUUCUGUGGCAUUAUAACCAAUUGAACCAGCCUGGCAUGUGGCAUUGCUAGGCAAGGCAGCUUAAUGCAGCUGUCACUGUGUCAAAUGGUUACAUGGAAAUGGGAAGACUACAUGUGGUUGUACAGCAAAGCCUCCUAGCCUAGAGGCAGAUGUGUCAGGGCCUUUCACAGAGUUGGUAAAUUGUACUAAUUGUUUGCAUUGCAAAUAUUGACAUUCUGGGGAUCUCAGUAAUGAACUGUUGGAUCAUGUUCAUGGACAAUUGUUCAACAUUUUCUACCACUACAAAAAGAAAAAAGGAAAAACAACCUACAGUGUAGGAUUUCCAUAUUUAAAAAAAAGACACCUUUGUCUAAAACAUACUCUGCAGUGAAAUUUGUAUCUAUAGAUCUCAUUUGUUAAGCCUUGCAUCAUACCUUCUAGUUGAUUCAACACCACAAAGAAAUUGAUAUAUCUUUUUUUUAGUAUACAUAUAUACUGUGUACAUUUUAAAGCAAUACGAAUGAGAGGUUGUGCUUUUAGAUAUCCACCAGUACUGACCCAAGUGUGAUGUCACCCC